AUGGUGAGAAAGAAAUGGAAUCCUGUUGAUGACGAGGUCCUGAUCAGUGCCUGGCUAAACACAUCAAAAGAUGCUGUUGUCGGCACUGAACAGAAGUGGCGGAAUUUCUGGAAACGCGUAGGAGAUUACUUUUCAGCAGCUCAUCAUGAGAAGAGAGAUGGCGAGCAUUGUAAGCAUAGAUGGCAUAAACUCAAUGGGGAUACAAACAAGUAUUGUGCAGCAUACGCAGCUGCGGAGAGGCUUCAAAGUAGCGGUCAGAAUGACAACGACGUAGUGAAGAAAGCUCAUGAGAUCUACUUUGCGGAUCACGGCUCCAAGUUCACCUUGGACCAUGCAUGGUGUCUUCUGAGAUACGAACAAAAGUGGCUGAGCCUGAACACUCCAAAGUCUGGCGGUGAGAAGAGAAAGACUGGUGAGGUUGGUUCCCAAGCAUCAAGCAGUAACGUUGGUGAGGAAGAGUUCGUCCUGAAGGUAUCAAAGUUGCGAAAGCAAGAAGGAAUUCUAGGAAGGGGAUGGCUGUCGAGGACUUUAAGAGCGUCCAUGAACUCAAGAUGGAGGAUUUGGCGAAGAAGGAAAGGCUCUCGAAGCUGGCCAUUUUAG